GUGAGUCGGCUGUAUCGCGACGAAGCGGCGUUGAAACUUUACAAUUUCAAACUGGAGACUCUGGCGAAGAACGGGCCUCUGGCUCAGCUCAACAUCAUGACCGAAGGUACCGCGAGUAAACUGCUAAAUGGAGACACUUGUCACAGAACCGCCAACGGGAAGAAGUCAGUGAGAAACGGCUUCGUAAAGAACCACUGUCUUUUCCAACAACAGCAGCAGCUGCAAAAGUACCGCCGACCGAAGGAGAAGUCUAUCCAGAGCCAGCAUGCGUCCCGAAAUGCGUCGCUGUACAACAAGCCGUUUGUGGAGUCCUUUGAGGAGACGCCGCUGCUGGUGGCCGUGCUCACCUACAUGGGCUACGGCAUACUCACCAUCUUCGGAUACCUCCGGGACUUCCUCCGCGACUGGAAAAUCGAGAAGUGCCACAUCGCUAGGGAACGCGAGGAGCAGAAGGACUUUGUGCCCCUGUACCAGGACUUUGAGAACUUCUACACGCGGAACCUGUACAUGAGAAUCCGGGAUAACUGGAACCGACCCAUCUGCAGCGUUCCGGGAGCCCGGAUGGACCUGGUGGAGCGGGUCACCCCCGACUACAACUGGACCUUUGAGCACACCGGCAAGGUAAUCAAGGACGUUAUCAACAUGGGCUCCUAUAAUUACCUGGGCUUUGCCGAGAACGUUGGCACCUGCGCAGAGGAGUCUGCAGACGUGACCUUGAAGUAUGGCGUUGGGGUCAACAGCACCCGGAAUGAAAUGGGUAACCUGGACAAGCAUGAGGAGCUGGAGGAGUUGGUGGCCAGGUUCCUGGGCGUGGAGGCGUCCAUGGCAUUCGGAAUGGGCUUCGCCACAAACUCCAUGAACAUUCCCGCUCUGGCUGGCAAGGGCUGCCUGAUCUUGAGCGAUGAGUUGAACCAUGCCUCUCUGGUGCUGGGGGCAAGGCUGUCUGGAUCCACCAUCCGCGUCUUCAAACACAACAAUAUGCAGAGUCUAGAAAAACUGCUGCGAGACGCCGUAGUGCACGGGCAGCCUCGGACCCACCGGCCCUGGAAGAAGAUCCUGAUUCUGGUGGAGGGCAUUUACAGCAUGGAGGGCUCCCUCGUGCGUCUGCCGGAGGUCAUCGCCCUGAAGAAGAAGUACAAGGCCUACCUGUACCUGGACGAGGCGCACAGCAUUGGGGCACUAGGACCCAGGGGCCGCGGUGUGGUCGACUACUUCGGCCUGGACCCGCGGGACGUCGACAUCAUGAUGGGCACCUUCACCAAGAGCUUUGGGGCCGCCGGAGGAUACAUCGGAGGCAAAAAGGAGCUGAUCGAUUACCUGAGGUCGCACUCCCACAGCGCGGUCUACGCCACCUCCAUGUCCCCUCCAGUCGCCCAGCAGAUCAUCACUUCCAUGAAGUGCAUUAUGGGAGAGGAUGGCACCACUCUCGGUCGUGACCGUCUGCGGCAGCUGUCGGAGAACACCACGUACUUCCGGCGGCGUCUGCAGGAGCUGGGCUUCAUCAUCUACGGUAACGAAGACUCUCCCGUGGUGCCCGUCAUGCUCUACAUGCCGGCCAAGAUUGGUGCAUUUGGCCGGGAGAUGUUGAAGAGAAACAUUGGCACGGUGGUGGUGGGCUUCCCUGCCACGCCCAUCAUCGAGUCCCGGGCGCGAUUCUGCGUCUCGGCUGCACACACCAGAGAGAUGCUUGACACGGCAUUAAGCGCCAUCAGUGAAGUGGGUGAUCUGCUCCAAGUGAAGUACUCUCGGCACGGAAGGCCGUUUCCGCUGGAGGAGGCCACAUCCUUCCUAGAGAGUCAAGAGUGACGACGACAACUAGCAUAAACUAGCUUACGCAGCACCACGACCUGACUGACACAAGACGAGAUGCAACCAUCCACUACAAAAAACUCAUAUCCUCAUAUUACUUCAAAUCCCCCAUUUCUUUUGUCUCGGACACCGCCCCUGACAAAAGUUCUUGUCUUUUGUAAAGUUGUUGUUGCUCUUUCUCUUGUUAUCCGUUGUGUUGACAGAUUGCGUGGUUUGGAGACGAAACUUGCACCACUGAAUGAACUGGUUUGUUUGUUUUUGUUUGUUUGAUUUUGUGUGCGUUUUUGUUUUUUGUGUUAUGACUGGAAAAUAAUUUAUGUUAUUACUGUUAUUAUCACCAGAGAAUGAUGUAUGGAGCAAAGAUUCUCAGGAUUGUUAUCAAGCUUAUAGCAUUUCAAAGAAAAGGUCUGUACAUUUUCUGAAGUCCUUGAUAUUUCAGUUCUGGUCCCCCCACCACAUAUCAUAUGUUUCACUUUACUGUUCCCUGUGAACAGAGGGGUAUACUAAGAAGCUGGUUCAGGAGUAAACCAGGUUAAGUUAAGAAGCAAAUCAUCUAGUAGAAGAGCCUGGAAUCCUGAUUUCCUUAAGGAAAUGAGAACUCCAGGCUCUUCUAUUACAUUAUUUACCUCUUAACUUAACCUGGUUUACUCCUGAACCAGCUUUGUAGUAUAGGCCUCAGUUGUGAUUGUCAUGAUAAGCAACAUGGCUGAUCAAAUCGUCAUGGGCCUGGAGCACACAUCACAUAUUGUUACAACCCUCCAAAUCCACAAAAUACAUGAACAUUUUAUUUGUAUUGUUAUUAUUUUUUGUACUUUGUAAACACUACUUUCAUGUCUACUAAUCAUGUUAGCACCUAUUUCCUUUUUUGAUUUUUGUUUCUUCCCCCGUUUGUCACCACACCCUUUGAUGUGGUCCGUGUCUUAACUUGAAACCUUUUGUUUUGGAAUUCUUGACUUACUGGAAGUGUUUACUCUUUUGCCAUUGACCUUGAACAUGCGUUUGCCUUCCACUACUUGACCUUGUUGCUACAGCAACACCAUAGGGGCGGGUCAGGAGAUUGUCGCUUAGGACUUUUUUUUUUUUCUUCUUCUCCUGUGCGAUUUCCCUCGUCCACUUUCGCCUGAGGCAGUUGGUUAAUAGGUGGGGAGAUGACUAAUGACAAGUAUCAGUCAGCUCACCUCUGAGCUGAAAGCAUUGAGCUGUCCAAAGCAAUGUGGGCUUGUUAUUUAUUUUUUUCUUUGUCUUAAUGCCUUAAAAAAAAAAUGUCUUAAAACUUUUUGCACUUUUCAAACAAGGCAAAGCUGUAUAGAAGAAGACACUUAUCAGUUGUGCAGAGAUUAGAAUCACUGGCUUUCACUGAUUGCAUUUUGCUAUUUUGGAAACGGUGGUCUGGGAAGCGCUGAUGACUUCACAAUGCCAAUGAUGCGCCUCCAUCUAAACAUAUGACGAUAUUGCAUGCGUGGGAAUGCUUGUCUGAUGUACAGAUCAUCCAGUAAUUUAUUAAGGUUUGUAAAUGUCACAUUGUCUAUGUUGUGUGGUCCUGUCUCUCUCUGACACAUUUGUUCGUAAAGCUCCCUAAGGCAGCUCUGGAAGUCUGCGUCAGCGAUGCGCGUACUACUGAAGAGCGUGCGUAGUUGCGAAGCCACACCAUGCGUAGAUGAGGUAACGGCUGAAGCCGCUAGUUUCACCAGAGAGAGUAGGUAAGAAAUGUAUACUUAAAGAAUCUCUGGUUUCACUGUGGAACUUGAAGCUACUCUGCUGUUGUGGGUUUCUUACAGAAUACCAAAGGGCAUUCCAAUAUCUUCUAUUUGUGCUUUGUGAGUCGUUGUCUCUUUGUACAUUAAAAAAAAUAUAUGUUUCUUUUUUAUAUAUAUAUUUUGACUGAUUCCACAAUGAUAAACUGAUCAGUCAUGUCCAACUGUAUGUAGCCAGUCAGACUUAUGGCUAAAAUAAUAAUCUACAUGUUUUGCUUCAUCUCAAUAACUGUGAUUUUAUUUUUUUAUUAUUAUUAUUUGUUUUGUGUGACCUCAUUAAAUACUGUUUGUACCAACAGGGCCAGAAAAUAAUAAAAGAAUGUAUUUAAAUCCUUAA